UUUUUCUCUUUCUCGCUUUUUCUCCUUCACUCCACGUAGUAGAACACCCCACGGGGAGCCAAAAUGUCCACCAAGCCUGUUGCACUGAUCCUGGGAGCCGGUCCCCGUGUUGGAAGCGCCGUCGCCAACAAACUCGCCAGCAGCGGUUAUGCCGUGGCCGUCGCCUCCAGGAAGGGUACUGACAGUCGCAGCAAGGAAGGAUUCUUCGCCGUCAAGAUCGACCUGUCCCAGCCUACGUCGGUCAAGACGGCAUUCGACGCCGUCAAGACCGAGUUCGGGGCGCCGCCCAGCCUCGUCGUCUACAACGCAGCAACUUUCACGGCGCCGCCGGUCGAAGGCUCGAUACUCUCCAUCCCCGCGGAGCGCGUGGCUUCCGACUUGAACGUCAACACGGUCAGCCCGUUUGCCGCUGCCCAGCAGGCGGUGGAGGGCUGGGCCACACUUCCAAAGGAUGCCGCCAAAGUGUUCAUCUACACGGGCAACGUCCAGAACACAAAGAUCGUCCCGGUGCCUCUCACAGUGACGCUCGGCGUCGGAAAGUCGGCUGCUUCGUACUGGCUUGGCAUGGCGGACAACACCUACUCAGCGCAGAACUACCGAUUCUUUUAUGCCGAUGAGCGCAAUGUGGACGGCAGUAUCAAGGGCAUGGCCUUGGACGGUGACGCUCACGCCGAGUUUUACGCGCAGCUGGCGACCGGAGCCAAGGACGUGCCGUGGCACGCCACCUUUGUCAAGGGCCAGGGCUACACCAAAUUUCCAAUGCCAGCAAGCAAAUAAACACUGCGCACGUGGGAACGUAUU